GAUGAGAGAUGGCAAUAGAAAACAAACCUGGGGAGGAAUUUGACACAGUUUUCAUUCGAAAUGACUCUUUAGAGCUCUCUUCGCACCACGAUUAUGAGACUGUGCAAGCUCGGAUUUUUAAGAUAAUAGUAAUAGGAGAUUCAAAUGUAGGAAAGACGUGUUUGACUUACAGGUUCUGCGGGGGCACUUUCCUGAAAAACCCAGAGGCAACGAUCGGGGUCGAUUUCAGAGAGAGGACGCUGGAGCUCGAUGGGGAGAGUAUCAAGUUGCAGAUCUGGGACACAGCAGGUCAGGAGCGCUUCAGGAAGAGCAUGGUAGAGCACUACUACCGUAGCGUCCACGCCGUCAUCUUUGUUUAUGACGUGACCAGCCUCUCCUCCUUCGAAAGCAUCCCUGAGUGGAUUGAAGAAUGCAGCCGACACUGUGUGGGGCCCCUGGUGCCCCGCAUCAUGGUAGGAAACAAGUGUGAUCUGAGGGACCGCCGGGAGGUCCCCACAUCGGCUGCCCAGUGUCUUGCAGACAGUUACAACUUCCCAUUGUUUGAGACUUCAGCCAAAGACCCUGGUGAGAAGGAACAUGUUGAUGCUAUCUUUCUGACUAUAGCUUAUAGGCUGAAGAGUCACAAACCUCUGAGACUGAAGCAGCUGAGUGAGAGCAGUGUAAGGCAUCUGUGGAACCAGAGAGAACAGGGAGCAGAAACGUGUCAAUGCUGAAGUCACCUCCAUCCUGUAUAUAUGUACAGCAUAUGAUCAGAUGUCACCACAGCCUUCAGGGACAAUAAUGAUGCUGAGGAAAACAGUGUUGAACCAAGCUUCCAAUCACUAAUACUGAAUUCAGAAAAGCCUCUUACAAUAAGAUAAAAAGGACAGAAGCUUCCUAUGAUAUUACACUUUCUCCUGCCCUCUGUUAAACACAGCUAGUGACAGUAUGGGCAGUUCUAUAUAAAUAUGUUUGCACAAUAAUUAAAUCAACAUUUCAAUGAAAUGCAUGAAUGGAAAUGGAGUUAUGACAAGUAUUUGUAGCUCAAACUGCACAUAAAAUCACUUUAGGUCAAAAAAUAGCAUUGUAGAGCGCAUUUUAGUAAGCAGACAAGUUAUAUGCUAUCACUAUGACUUAUCCACAGAAUUCAGUGCAGACAGUGGAAAUAAAGGGACCAAUAAGGUAAAGAGAAACUGUGAAGAAAACUGUGCAAUCAUUUUCUUUAACAUGUUUUAAAAUGAUAUUUAAGUUCUUAAA